CGCCGGUGUUUGGGUUUCCGGCUCUGAACUUUUACUGUCAAUGCAAAGGGAUUUGUGUCGAUACUAAAAAAAUAUAUGCUCAGUAAAAUGUCAAACCGUGGCCUUCGGCUUAUCUUUUCGUAGGCUGUUACCCCCGUUUCAACCGAAUACAGUGCGUGUGCGCAGCGGCGUGUAUACAGUCAGAGCACGUUUUAGCGUCAUGUCGGACUCGGAGGAGGACAGCCAGGACAAGCAACUUAAAAUUGUAGUGAUUGGAGACGGUGCCUGUGGGAAGACAUCACUCGCCACCAGGUUUGCACAGGAGGCCUUUGGGAAGCAGUACAAACAAACCAUCGGUCUGGAUUUCUUUCUGAAGAGAAUAAGCCUUCCAGGCAAUUUGAACGUGACCCUGCAGGUGUGGGACAUUGGAGGCCAAACGCUAGGAGGGAAAAUGCUGGAUAAAUAUGUAUAUGGAGCUCAUGGAGUCCUCCUGGUUUACGAUAUCACCAACUACCAGAGCUUUGAGAAUCUGGAGGAUUGGUUCAGCAUGGUGAAGAAGGCCAACGAGGAAUCUGACACCCAGCCUGUUGUCUCUCUGAUUGGGAACAAAAUUGACCUGGAGCACAUGAGGACAGUGAAGGCUGACAAACACCAGCGCUUCUGCCAAGAGAACAGCCUCAUCAGUCAGUUUGUAUCGGCCAAGACGGGGGACUCGGUGUACCUUUGUUUCCAGAGAGUGGCUGCUGAGAUACUUGGUGUAAAGCUAAACAAAGCAGAAAUAGAGCAGUCCCAGCGUGUGGUGAAGGCAGACAUUGUGAACUACAGUCAGGACACCGUAGCCAGGACAGUCAACCCCCCUCGCAGCUCCAUGUGCGUGGUGCAGUGACCUCCUUCAACACACACACACACACACACACACACACACACACACACACACACACACAUGCAUGUAAAAUUGUCUUCAGUCAGUAUUCCUCUUUGAGGAUUUUUUGGGUGAAUGGAUAAAAUAUGUUGAGUGUGUUCUCUGUAUUCCUGUGUGUGUCGUACGGGUGAGAUGAAGAACAGACUGUGUGGUUUUCGAGGCCUUGGCCUGUAGUUCGGAUAUUUAGCAGGAACGAUUUCUUGGGUGGUUCACCAAAUGGGACCUCCGUUUUUUCAAGUUUACACGCAGCUAUCAUUUUACUUCUGAUUCAUCUUAAAUAACUAUAUAAAAAAGAUUCUAAGUGAUUACUUGAUUUAUGUGUUAGCAUGAAUCUGGCUGUUUUACGUAGAAAGACUGCUGCUGUAAUCAGUCAGUCUGGUAAAUGAAAAUAUUUUUAUAUACAAGUAUACUUUCCUCUACCAUUGCUAUUAGGGACAUUUGUUUCAAUGAUUAGAGAUGAUGCAGGAUAUUUCUAAAGAUAACAACAUCAACACCUGUCAAAUUCCUGUCCCUGCAACUGCAAAGUGGAUUCAGUGGAAGAAGCAAUGGCACAAAACACUUGAGGUGAAACCAAAAUCUCUCUCAUAUGUUUCUUUGCGAUAUUUUUUAUGUCUCUGGUGCUCCAGGGAGGGACAUCGAGGUUAAAAUGCUGUAGUGGACUGAAACAAAUCUCUGUUUUCAAUUUGCCAAUUAAGGGCAUGCACUAGCAGUGCUGUGACAUGAAGUGUGUACUGUUAUUUUACAUAGAACUAGAAAUAUUUGAAUUUUACAAUCAUAAAUCAACAUUUACAUUUUAUAAUCUAUACUCUUCAGAUUAUAUCCAGAUGAUUUACAUUCCUUAUAUAGGUAUCUCCAGAUGUUUAUGUAGAGUCUAUCUACAUUUUGAUAAUUUAGCUUUACAGUUUCACACUAUGUGACGUUUCCUGGUUCGUCCUGUUAGAGGACAAUGCAGAUGCUGUGUUGAUAAAGUGUUGAGAUAGAUGAAUAUGACUCAGGAAGGAGGUACCUGAGUGUCGAGCUGAGCAUGAGCUGAGCUGAAAUGUACAACAUUUUAGUAGAGGUCUCUACAUAGCCUUAUUCACCUGUCCGUUAUAGAACAGAAGUUUGCAUUGAAGAAUGGCUAUAGGCAUGAGAUGCUUCAUAGGAUCUUCAUUUUCAUCAACAGCCUGUGACAGCAUGUGUAUUUGUAGAGACAGCUAAGAUAUUGUACGUUUAACCAGUUUUGUCAAAGCAGUUUCUACAUGUGGACAUAAUGAGUUUUAAUGUGGUGUCCACCUACUGUACCAAAAUAUCUGCCAUAUGUGUAAAAGAUGUGUUUGUACAAUAAAAGCCACCUCUGCUUCAUUCAGAGUUCCUUUUGUUCAAAUUAUCUUUAGCAUCCUGUUCGGUUUGAUCUUGUAAAGCAAAUGUAUGCUUAAACAUAAUAAAUAUAACAAGAAUGUACAGUUUGAUGUUUAGAUAAUGUCAUGCAGCAACACAGUUUUGUGUUUCUGAAUAAAAAUGCUACAUGAAAACAA